AAACAUCAGGCUGCAUCAACAACAUGGCCAGUAUCAUUCCUGCCAACCCUCACUCCCCUUGCUCAUACCAUUACUACAGGCCCGAUUGUCCGUAUAGCACCAAAUUGGUACAGCAUCUCUGAUCCCUCGGCUACAAGGGUAAUCUACGGUCAUGGCUCUAAGUACCUAAAGUCGGAAUGGUACGACGCCUGGAACUUUAGCAGCGACCUAAGUUUGACAAACCUGUUCUCCGAGAGGUCCUCUAAAAAGCAUGCAGAGGAUCGCAAAAAAGUCGCCUCGUUAUAUUCAAUGACCUCAUUGGUGGCAUAUGAGCCAUUCGUGGACAAUUGCAUCGAUAUUUUCAAGCAGCGACUGGAUGAUUUUGCAAUGAGGGACCAGUUCAUUGAUAUGGGUCAUUGGUUGCAGUGUUAUGCUUUUGAUGUUAUCGGAAAAAUUACUUUCGGUGAUCGGUUCGGGUUCCUCGAUGCGGGCAAAGACGUAGGAAAUAUGAUUGAGUUCCUCGAUGGCGCCCUCACGGCAAGCUCCUAUUUCGGCUUGUAUGUCUGGCUAUAUCCAAUGUUCAUGAAGGUUGGCAAGUACCUAGGCAUGGAUCAAAGCUACGUGAAUAACUUCAGCUUCCGACACAUCCAAGAGGCAAAAGUAACCAUAAAGAACUAUCACGCCGAUCUUCCGGCUCAUAUGACUAUGAAAGUUGUUCUAGCCCAAGCACAGAAUCCGGAGAAACUUUCCGACUACGAUAUACUUGUCACCGCUGGCUCGAAUGUUGGAGCGGGAAGUGAUACCACUGCUAUCAGCUUAAGCUCGAUUCUGUACCAUUUGCUUCAUGCCCCUGCAUGUAUGGAGAGACUGCGAGCGGAGAUGAACUCGUCUGGGAUCACUGGCAACCCGACAUUCAAAGAGACACAGGAAAUGCCAUAUCUUCAGGCUGUUAUGAAAGAGGCCUUGCGUGUUCACCCCGCUACAGGAUAUCCAUUGUUCCGCGUUGUUCCCCAGGGUGGGGAGGUACUUGCUGGUCAAUUCUUCCCAGAAGGAACAAAUGUUGGGGUAAACAGUUGGGUCUCACACUACGACACAAAUAUCUAUGGACUGGAUGCAGCUACCUUCAGACCUGAACGAUGGCUCGAAGCGGAUGAACAGCAGUCAAAAUUGAUGGAGCAAAACUUCAUGCCGUUUGGUAUGGGAUCAAGAACCUGCAUUGGGAAGAACAUUUCAUUACUGGAAAUGAGUAAAUUAAUCCCAGUGUUGGUGCGAGACUUUGAUUUCGAGUUGAGCCAGGACAACAGGGUUGAUGGGUGGAGGACAAGGGCCAGAUGGUUCGUCAAACCGAGAGAUUUCAAGGUGCUACCUACGAGGAGGACAUAG